CAGCCGCCUCAUUUCUCAGUUCGAAGAGAGAGCCCUCUCUUUUUCUUCCCACGCCUGUUCCUGAACUUUUGUCUCUCCCUCUCUAUCUCUCUCUCCCUCUCUCUCCUCCGAAUCCUCUUUGAUCUUCUCAACCUUUCCUUUCUCUACAGAGAGAGAGAGAGAGAGAGAAAGAGUCGGUUCGGGAUCUUCAAAACCCAGCAGCAAACGCAAAAACAGAAAACCCAUCUCUCUGUUUCUUGCAGCACAAGGCAUUUAAGAAGCCGCAGCAGACUGAGAAGAUAGAUGAUUCUGCAAGCAAAUGACGAAUCGCAUUCUGAUAAACGCCUUGUCAGCCUCUCUUUCCAUGCAGCAGCAGCAGCAACGGCAGAAUGGAAGCUCGCAUCUGAUUCCUCUAGCCGGAAAAUGACUUCCUAAACGACGGGCGAAUUUCUGCCUUUUUCUCAAGAGUGCGAGGAAGAGAUCAAAGGAAGCAAUGUUGGACUACGAAUGGGGAAAUGCGGCGUCGAUCUUACUUCCCGGCGAGGAUCCCACCUCAGAUUCCGACCAAACGCGCCCGAUCUUCGACCCGUACAACCAAACCCUCUCUGGAAAUCUCCUCCAGCCUGCCGUCGGCUUUUCUUCCCAGCCAUUUCAGCAGCAGCAGAUCCAAGUCCCUCUCCAGAGUUUCGAUUCCCGCGCUUACCCCUUCUCCUACCCCCGUCCGCCGGUCUUACCGUCUCCGGCGGCAGUUCGGUUUUCCCCACGUCAGCAUUUACCGGUGGUAGGUCCCAAAACCGAGGACUUUUCCGGCAGCAGAGGAGAGUUUCCGGCACGUAUCGGUCUGAAUUUGGGCGUCCGGACGUAUUUCUCUUCGGCUGAGGACGAUUUCGUGAGCCGGCUCUACCGCCGGUCCAGAACGGCCGAACCAUGUCCGACCAACUCGCCCCGUUGUCAGGCAGAGGGUUGCAACGCUGAUCUGACACACGCCAAGCACUACCACCGGCGGCAUAAGGUCUGCGAGUUCCACUCCAAAGCGUCAACGGUCUUGGCCGCAGGUCUCACCCAGCGCUUCUGCCAGCAGUGCAGCAGGUUUCAUCUACUAUCUGAAUUCGAUCAAGGGAAACGCAGCUGCAGGAAACGGCUGGCCGAUCACAACCGUCGAAGACGGAAAUCACAACCGCAGCAGCUGCAAUCUGAAUCAGAGAACGUUACGACCUCACUGGCGCGAGUAGAAACUCCAUCAAAAUCCUCUCCAGAAUCGGGCACGCCGUCGUCUUCGACCGUGUCGAUGGCCAUCUCUCCACCACAGAUCGCAUUCGAUUGCUUCCAACCAACGGCGAUGACGACGCACAAAGCUUCGGCAUCGCCUUCGUCCUCCAACUCCCGUUUCUCUCCGAGGGGGGAUUUCCUUCAGUACGAGCGUCGGAUCUGGGACGAAGAUGAAGAAGGACAGUAGAAGAAGAAGGGUAGAACCUAUCUGUUUUUUCCUCUUUCUUCCGAUCUGUUUGGGUUUUUUCGUUUUUUCUGUUUUUAAAUGCUAGAGAACCAGAGCUGCUGCUUCUCUUUUCUGUUAAUGUAUGCUAUCCGAACCCGAAUCCGAAUCCGAAUCCGGGAAUAUUAUCAAAUAACUCAGAACAGAAGAUGGUUUUCCUGCGGGGGUGGGGGUUUGGCAGGCACGCGCCUAUUGCUCUCGUAUCUUCGGUUUUUGUUUUUUAA